UUGGCUUUCUUUUAAGGGAAAUCAUUAUCUCCUUCCACAUGAGAUAAGAACUUUUUCCUACACAAAUUCGUUUUCCGUGCCAAUUAAUUUUUCUUUUCUUUUUUAAUUUAAAAUGUGGGACCCACAUUUACCUUAUCUCUACUUUUUUUCUCUCCUACUAUCCUACAACAUAAGAAAAUAUGCACCCUUCUUUUAAAUCCAUGUUUAAACCUUACUAGCUGCUGGCAUGCUUCAUGUUCUUAGCAGGAAAGUUGGGCACUAGGCAAUAAAUUCUCUUCCGAGAAGACCCUGAUUAUUUGCAGAGAAAAUGGUAACUAGAAUUGUGGAUCUUCGGUCAGAUACAGUCACAAAGCCAACUGAAGCAAUGCGAGCUGCUAUGGCGAGUGCUGAAGUUGAUGAUGAUGUUCUAGGCUAUGAUCCAACCGCUUUUCGAUUAGAAACAGAAAUGGCGAAGACAAUGGGCAAGGAAGCAGCACUUUUUGUUCCAUCAGGCACUAUGGGGAACCUCAUAAGUGUACUUGCCCAUUGUGAUAUUAGGGGAAGUGAAGUUAUUCUUGGAGACAAUUGCCAUAUCCAUAUUUAUGAGAAUGGAGGCAUUUCAACUAUUGGAGGGGUUCAUCCAAGACCACUGAAAAAUAACAGUGAUGGAACCAUAGAUAUUGAUUUGAUUGAGGCUGCUAUCAGAGAUCCUAAGCAUGACCUAAUGUAUCCAACCACACAGCUUAUUUGCUUGGAAAAUACUCAUGCAAACUCUGGUGGAAGAUGCCUUUCAGUUGAAUACACAGACAGAGUUGGAGAGGUUGCUAAGAAGCACGGUGUGCAGCUUCACAUUGAUGGAGCCCGUAUUUUUAAUGCAUCAGUUGCACUUGGUGUUCCCGUGGAUAGGCUUGUCCAAGCAGCUGAUUCACUUUCAGUUUGCCUAUCUAAAGGUCUAGGUGCUCCAGUUGGAUCUGUUAUUGUUGGGUCCAAGAACUUUAUUGCCAAGGCUAGACGACUCCGGAAAACCUUAGGUGGCGGAAUGAGACAGAUUGGCAUCCUUUGUGCUGCUGCACUAGUUGCCUUACAGGAAAAUGUUGGAAAGCUGGAAAGUGAUCACAAGAAAGCUAGACUUAUGGCUGAUGGAUUGAAUGAAAUUAAAGGACUGAGAGUGGAUGCCUGUUCUGUGGAGACCAAUAUAAUAUAUAUUAAUAUUGAAGAGGGUUCAAGGACUACAGCAGAAAUGAUAUGCAAGUACUUGGAAGAACGUGGUAUCCUUCUGAUGCAAGAGAGCUCAUCAAGAUUGAGAGUUGUCCUCCACCACCAAAUAUCAGCAAGUGAUUUGCAGUAUGCCUUGUCAUGCUUUCAGCACGCUGUUAAGGGAGUGCCAAGUGAAAAUGGCAACUAGCUAAUGGAAGAAUUUGAAUUUGGCACUUUGCUGCCACAUUAGUAUCAAAAGAGGAAUUCCGAAUUCCAUUUGUUUUAAUGUACCCUAAAGAACACACAAUGAUUUACAUCUUUGAUACCUAUUAUGAAUUAUUUUGACUUUAACCACCUUUCGUUUGAUAAUUAAGCAUAAAUUGCUCUGCGGGUCAUUGCUACUGUCCCAUCAUUAGGAAUAGAGUUAUUAUAGC